AUGGCUUCCAAAACUAAAAGUUCAAAAAAAUCUUUUCUUUUACGUUUAAUUAUUUAUAUUAUUGUUAUAUUAUUUCUAUUAGUACCAGCUAUUUUAUUUUUUAUCUAUUGGGAAAAAUUAAUUAUUAGUAAAGUAUUAAAAGUUGUUAAAUUAAGUCCCGAUUCAGAGGGUAUGACUUAUUGGAAAAAUCCACCAACAAUUAUAACACGAGCAUAUCGUUUAUAUGAUUAUGGUACAAAUUCAAUUGAUUUAAUAAAACGAAAUGCAUCGGCAACAUUAAAUGUUCAAGAAACACGUCCAUAUAUGUACGAUAUUAAUGCAACAAAAGCAGAUAUUGAAUGGGUAAAUAAUGAUCAAGAUUUAAAAUAUUCUAUUCAUCGUAUAUUUACACGACAAAAAGAUUUUGAUCAAACAUUAUUAACAGCAGAAGGAACAUUUGUUGAUAUACUUCGUGCCAUAUUUCGUUCACAAUUUUCAAAUAUUCAAGAAUUAUUUUUUGAUAUGGGUGGUAAUGAUAUAUUUUAUCAACGACCAGGUAUUGAUGAACUUGAAGGAUUUACAUCAUCAUUAUUUAGAGCAAUGCAAGAUAAAAUGACUGGACCAAAUGUCGCUAAAUAUGGUUAUGUCUAUCGUUACAAUGGUAGUCGAUCAUAUAAUUAUACAAUUCGUGCUGGUGUUGAAGACAAAGGACGUGUACUCGAAUUUGCAUCUGAAAAUGUACCAUUUCAAAGAAAUUCAUCUGAUUAUCCAUUUAAAAUGUAUGAUGGUCUCACAUUUCUACCAUUACUUCAAACAAAAAAAACAAUUAAUAUUUUUCAACCAGAUUUUUGUCGUCCAAUACAAUUAAAAUUUAAUAAAAUUGUUCGCAUGUUUAAUAUCAAUGUACAUGAAUUUAUUAUACGUCUUGUUGAUUUAGAACAGUGUACUGAUAACAGUGAAACAUGCAAUGAAUCGGAUCGUCUUGAUAUUUCAAAAUGUUUAUCGGCUUCAAUGCCUAGUGGUACCGUUUAUUUAUCAAAACCACAUUUCUAUGGACAUAAUUCAUCUCAAUUUAAUAUUAAUGGAUUUUCACCUGAACGAGAAAAACAUGAAUCAAUGAUCUAUUUUGAACCGUAUUCUGGCACACCAGUGAAAGCUCAUCAUCGUAUUCAAUUGAAUGUCAAUGCAUUUGUCGACACUUUCAAAUAUAGAGGUGGUGAAUGGAGACCAUCAAUGAAUGCUCGAGUUUCUAAACGAAUUCUUCCUCUAUUAUGGAUCGAUCAAGAAAUCACAUUGAAUACAACGGCAUUAGGACAACUCCAGUAUGUUCAUCGAAUGGUGAAGAUUUUAAAUAUAGCACGUUUUGUAGCGCUAGCCGUAGCCAUCGUUAUUCCGAUUAUUCUGAUUGUAGCAAUGGAAUUAAGAUCGAAGUCAGUUGCAGGAAAAAGACGAAAUGGAGAUCCUGAUUUUAAAAAACAACCGGUUCUACUGCGAACACGUAUAUAA